AUGAAACACCAGGGCAGAUUUCCUCACCUCGCUGCAGUUGCUAGAUUUAUCUUUGGAAAUCCUACUUCAGCUGCGGGUAUUGAGCGUGAGUUUGGAAUCGCUGGUGUGCUAUUGAAUCCACGGAGAACCAAUUUUGACACCUUCGUUGCUGAGAUGAUCCUCUUCUUAAACAUCAAUGGGGAACACAUUCCUUGGGAUGAUAUCCCACUCAUUGAUUCCAAGGAGGUACAGCAAACGGCAGGAAGACGACAGAAGUUUAGUCCGAAGCGCUAUACCACAGCAACUCCAGCCGGAUCAUCAACCGUGAAUGAGGCGGACGAUGAGAAUAAUGCGAAAGCUGACCGGAUCUUUACAGAGGAGGAUAUCGAAAACGACUUUGACUUUUCACUGCAGGCAGCAUGGAUGAUCAUUGACUCUACCAUAAUAAAAAAAAUACCAGCAGUAGCGGUAGCAGCUUACUAG